AGCUCGCACGCGACUUCUGUUUGUGAAUAAUGAAGAAGAAGCAGAAGCAAAAACAGCAGCAGAGGCAAAGAGAGGCGCCAAGAGAAGCAUCGCCAGCAGCAACGGUGGUAGCGGCAGCGACAGCCAAGGUAGCAGAGGCCGAGAGAGGCGUCGUUAGCAGCAGCAGUAGUACUUCGCGACGCAGCAGCAGCAGCCGGCAAAGCGCAAUACUAACAACAACAACAGCAGCAGCAACGAUAUCAUCAGCAGCUACAACAACAACUUUAAAGCGCUGCCAUACCGAAACGCCACUUAGCGUCGACGGCAGUAGCAGUCGCAGCAGCACCAGCAGCACAUGCAGCAGCAGCAGCAAUAACAACAACAACCAAAAAAGCAGCAAACUAAAUACAGAUGCAAAUAUGUCGAAAGCAUCGUCAGCAACAUCAGCAGCAGCAGCAGCAGCAGCAGCAGCAGUAGCAGCAGCCAGCAGCAGCAAUGCAGCCGAUUUUAGCGCAUUUGAUUUUAAUGAUAGCUCUGAUAAUUCCGAUACGCCUUUAGUGCCACGAGCGCCAUUUCUCAGCCGCGCUGCCGCUGCAGCUGCGGCAGCAGCAGCACUCAGCGCCAACAGUAAUAGCAGCAGUAGCAGCAGCAGCACCACCAGUAAUAACACGGGCAACAACAAUAUUACCAUUGGCAACAACAACAACAACAACAUCAACAACAACAACAACAUCAUCAACAACAACAACAACAACAACAACAACAACAAUGUCAAUGGCAAUGGCAACAGCAAUGACAAUGGCAAUGUCAAUGAUAAUGCAACUGACUUGCAGCACAACACUAACAUCAAAAGCAUCAGAAGAAGCAGCAGCAGCAGCUCGCAAAGCAGCGACGAAAGCAACAGCGACGCAACAGCAGCCACAACGGCGGCUGUUGCUGCCGCUGUCAAUGCAUUGCACAAUGGCAAACAGCAACAGCAGCAACAUCAUUACAAUAACAACAAUAACAAUAAUAAUAACAAUAAUAAUAACAAUAAUAAUAAUAUUAAUAGUACUAAUAAUAACAGCAACAGCAACAAACAACGCGAUCGAGCAAUGGAUGAUGAGGAGGAAGAUGACGAGCAGCUUCUGGACGAGGACGAGGAUGAUUACGAUGAUGAUGACGACGACGAUGAUGAUGAUGAUGCUAUAGAUCAGCAACUGUCCAGCAAUAACAUGAGCAACAGCAUUAAUAGCAACAAGAACAAUAACAUUAACAAUAUGCAUAGCGUAGCCGCCGCCCCAGCACCACUCACGUUGCCUGCCGAUUUGCGUCAUGGACUCCACUCUCGUGAUCACAGCCAAGCGGAGCAGCCGGACUAUGAUGACGAGGAUGAGGACGAGGAUGAAGACGACGAUGAAGAUGAGGAUGUGGAUAGCCGCACAGCGUUGACAUCGGCGCAUACCGAGAGCAGCGGUUUGCAUAUGAGUGCAGUGGCCGCUGCAGCAGCAGCGGCAGCAGCAGCCGCCGCUGCCGCAGCAACUGCAGUUAAGCUGAAUGCAGCAAAUGUGACAGCGGCGCAGCUGGAGAAUGCCACGGUGCUGGAUAUGGUUAAUAAUGCAGCUAAUCUCGGCAUGGGCAGCGGUGGCGGAAGCAACAGUAUACCAGCGCCGAGCAGCAGCCUCAUAGGCGGCAACAGCAAUACCAGCUUCUCCACCAACAACAACAGCAGCCACGCGCUCAGCUCAACACUAAGCAAUGCCAUCAACGAGCAGCAGCAACAGCAGUUAUUGCGGCGCAGCAGCAAUUCGCAUCAUCAUCACCAGCAGCAACAUCAACAGCAGCAGCACCACAAUCACCACCACUUGCAGCAGCAACACCAGCAACAGUUGCAGCAGCAGCCAUCAAGCAGCGGCAGCGGUAGCGGCAGCGGCAGCGCUGCCAGCGAAAGACGCAAGUAUCGUCAUCAGAAUUACAGCAAAAACAUUUACAUUGGCACGAAAAACGCCGAGAAGUGGGAGCACAUGCGCACACGACUGCACUUCAAGAAUGACGUCGAGUUCGUGGCCUAUCUCCUCAACCUGGCCGACAACGAUACCGAUCGCCUGAAUAAUUUGCCACCAACAUCGCCGGCGCACACUCCCACCAAGGGAUUCGAUGGCAACUUCAAACUGGAACCGAAUCUGAGCGUUAAGGACUUUGUAACACCACCAGAAAAUGGCAAUGGUAAUGGCAGUCUGGAGUCGGUUACUAGCGUUGCUACUGCCAUGGCCACGCCAACGCCGCCACAGCGCAAGCGCUACAAGAAACGCGUCCAAUUCACGACCGACGCUCUCAAUGGCUAUGCGGGGGCAAAGAAUAAAGCCGGUGCAGCUGCUGGUUACAACAACAGCAAUAGUAAUAAUAACAACAAUAACAACUUUGCUAGCCCAGCCAAAACGAAGAAGCAAGAAGCGAAAGCAACAGCAGCUGCUCUGAAAGCAGGUGCCGCAGUAGCAGCAGCAGCUGCUGCGGCGGCAGCCGCCUCAUCUGCGUUGCCCGAGGUACUGGACUGUCGCAUAGCAGAGAAGAUCAAAAGUGAGCUGGAAGUGCAGCAAGAGUCGCUGCCAAAUGCACUUUGUCUCAAAAAGGCGGCAGCCGCUGGCUGCAGCGCAGUCACAGCAGCAGCAGCUGCAGCAGCCACUGCUCAUCCAACCCCAACGACAGGAACGCUGCUGACCAAUGCGGAGGCUGUAGAUGCAAGCAGUGCCAGCAACGGUCAGCUGGGCAGCUUUCAUGUGCGCUCCAAGAACCAAAACAGCAGCAAGAAGUCGCAAGCUGCAAAACAGUUGCUGCUGCUGCGGCGGGCGGCAGCGGCAGCGGCUAUGAUGCCACCGAAUAGCUAUGACGAGCCGGAAGAUGAUUCGGCUGCUGGGCCGGUCGAUGACGAAGACGAAGACGAUGAGGAGCUGGAUGAAGAGGCGCUGGCACGUGAAAUGAAAAUGGAGCAAAAUUUUGUGGAGGAGGAGGAUGAGCAUGAUAUUGCUUUCAGAUCCCAACAAUCAUGUCGCGAAUUCAUUUCGCAUGAUCACAAGCUCUGCCCACUGCGCAAUGCCUGCGGCAAUGUAACGGAUGCUGUAGAUCUGGCCGAAUGGAUUGAGCGUCGCAAUCUGGAAGCCCUAGCCAAACUGAAGGCAGAUGCCCAGAGAGAGGCAAAAGUUGGCAGGCCGCGACAUGUUGACGACGAGGAUGAUAUGGAGGACAUGGACAUGGACGAAUCAUCGCAAUUGUCCGAACUGGAGACCAAGCCGUUAAUUACCUUUGCUGAGGCAUCGGUUCCCGCCGAAUUCGAGCUACACAACGUCGAGCCAAAUGUCACUGGCGUCUUUGCCCGCACCGAGGUUCGAGCCUACACCACUGGGCCGCUUAUCGGACAGCCGGUUCAGACUGGAGAGGUACGCGAGGGUAGCGACAUGAAAUGGAUAUUCGAGAUGUGUGAGGCCGGCGCCGAGAAAUCCUAUCUGCUCUGCUGCGAUAAUCCCAAUGCCUCCAACUGGCUGCGUUUCAUCCGACCAGCGCCCAGCUACGAGGAACGCAACGUAAACCUCGUCUCGAUUAAUCGUCAAGCAUACUUUGUGAGCUGUCGUGAUCUACGCAAUGGCAUGGAACUCCUCUAUGGGAGUGACGACUGCAACACCAUGUGGCGCAAAAAGCAUACCGAGAAGAUAAACUGCGGCGGCUGCAAUUUAAAGUUUGAGCAUCCGCUCUACUAUCGUACGCACUGUUCAGUUUUUCACGAUCCGUCGAUGAGCCUUACCAUACGGAAAUAUCACUGCAAGGUAUGCAGCGAGGUGGUUCUGGGCAAAGACAACAUUAUGAAGCAUGCGGCCGAGAAACACGACGGCAAGGGGGCAUACCAAUGUCAGUUCUGCAACAAGUUCUUUCUCCGGCUCAACUAUCUAGAGAUGCAUCGCACCUAUGGCUGUGCCUCGAAUCCGAAUCGUUCGAGGCCAGUUUGCGAUUUCUGUGGUCGCAAAUUCUGCCAGCCGCAGAAGCUGAAAGCGCAUAUUAAACGUGUCCACAGUGGAUCGCGUGCAGCAUUGCAGCGCCAUUCGAAGGAGGUGCACAGCCACUCAACAGUGGUCAGUUGUCCGCGCUGCCAGAAACUCUUCCAGAAUCGCAGCAACUUAAAGAUACACAUGCUCACGCACUCGGGCGUGCGGCCUUUCAAGUGCGCAGAACCGGAGUGCAAUGCCGCCUUCACCACAAAGCAGUGCCUACAGUUCCAUUAUAAGAAGGUACACAACUACACGCAGGAGCAGAUGCCGAAGAUAGAGCGGAGUGUGGCCUAUACCUUUGAUGCCUAUUCGGGCGGUAUGAAGGUGGACUUUUUGGGUAAGCCAGUGGGGCAGACGCUGUUGGGUGCACCGCAAGCGCCACGCCCUAACGCUGCCGUACCCACCGAGAACCAUCUAAAUAGCGAUAGUCCGAUGAGCGCACAUGUCGAUGCGGAUGCUCAACGCUUCGGUAGUGGUGGUGGUGGAGGCGGCGUCAGUGGGUCGAAUGGUGCAGGCAUUGGCGCAACCAUGGACAACUUAGAGAACGAAUUAAAGAUGAUGAAGAACCUGGGCAGCUUUCCCAUGCAGAUACCACCAUUGCCAAUGUUCCAAGGCACGUGCAAUAUAUCGCCGAACGCCUCGACGCCCACCAACCCGCAGAGCAAUCAGAACCAGAACGAUGUAGAUGUGGAUGCCAGCAGCACGCCGCGUCCCCAACAUCCAGAUUCAGAUGGCUUCUCGUCGUCGCACCACCGGACGCCGCCCUCGCCGCCGCCCAUAUCACCGGGUCGCGACUAUGGCGGCAUGUUUGGUGCCGGCAAUGGUGCCGGUGGACCCGGCUCAAAUAGCACGCCGGCAGGCAGCUCUAGCGGUGGUGGUGGGGCUCCAACGGCGGGCAACAAUUUGUCCGCAUCGUCUCCUCUACCGGCAGCGCUGCAGCCGCAGCGACGUAACGCCUCCAGCGUGGGCAGCACAUAUCCCGAGCACGAGCUCAUUUCGCCCGCCUCCUCGCCAAGCAUACCACGCUACAACUUCAACGGCGACAUGAUGCGUCACAAGCGCGCCGUCCAAGAACAUGAGCAACAGGAGCGACGCCACAAUAUCUCGCGGCACAAUCAAAUGUCCAGCGACGAAGAGAACAGCAUUAUGCCACAGAACAGCACUGGACAGGAUAUGCGUAUGAAGUUCCCGCAAUCACAGAUCGAUCUCAUGUACUCCAAAUAUGAAAGCAUGGCCAGCAAUCUCAAGUACAAUAGCCAGGAGCUUGACUCCCCGGCUGAGUAUCGGCAGAGCAGCAAUAGCAAUGUGGCAAGUGCGGCAGCUGCCGCCGCAGCUGCUGCAAGCACUGCGAAUGACAUGUCCGAUCUGCAGGGCCUGGACAUGAGCUCGCGCUCGAAUGCGUCGAGCAAUUAUCAUCAUAACUUCCAGCUGCCUAGCAGCCGUUACCAUCACCACAUCUACGAUAUACUCUCUGAUCGGGAGCAGAAUCAGCAGGCGCAGGUGCAGCAACAGACGCCGGCAUCGGUAGUGCAUCAACAAGAGCAUGGCAGCCAUGGUGGUCACAGCAGUCAGCUGGCCAUGCAGCAGCAUCAGUCGGCGGCUAUGCACAACAUGCUCAGUGAACAGUUGGGUGAGCAGGAGCACGACCAAACCACAUCGGUGGAUCUAAGUCGCACUGCCAACUAUGUGGUGUCGUCGCCGCCGCAGCUGCCCUACAAUCAUCCCCAUCAUGAUAUGCUGCGCAUGGCCUCCCUGGAUCUAACACCCAAUACGAGCAAUAUGACGGUGGGAAAUAAUCGCUCGUUUCUGUCUUCGCAGAUGCAGCAUCAGAGUCGCGAGAGCCUCGAACAUCAUCGCUUGCUCUCGACGGUCGAACAGCAUCGCAUAUUGGCUGCCUCGAAUGCUGCUGCGGAUCAGCAUAGGCUGCUCGUCGAUCCCACGGCUCAUCUACUAAUGGAGCAAAACAAUCGAUUGCUGGGCACCACAGACCAGUCACGUCUUCUGGGCGAAUCAGCGGCGGCAGCUGCACAGAAUCGGCAUAUGGCCAGGAGCUUUGGUGCGUAUCAUCAGGUGGCAUCCAGCAAUUAUCAUCCGGGCGUACGGCCUCCACCGGUAUUACCAACGGCCAAUCAUCAUGCUUCCAAUCCUUCUAAUUAUCAUCCUUUUCCCGCUUACUACUAAUUAGUGCCAUCUAUUGGCCGCCACAGACGAACCCAAAAAGCAGGCACAGAUACACAAUACUAUGCUAGAUACACAAUACUUUGAAUA